AUGUAUCGAGACGAGAACAUAGAUUGUCUGUUGUUAGCUGCUAUUUAUCGAGACGAGAACAUAGAUAGUCUGUUGUUAACUGCUAUAUAUCGAGACGAGAAAAUAGAUUGUCUGUUGUUAGAUGCUAUUUAUCGAGACGAGAACAUUGAUAGUCUGUUGUUAGCUGUUAUGUAUCGAGACGAGAACAUAGAUAGUCUGUUGUUAGCUGGUAUGUAUCGAUACGAGAACAUAGAUAGCCUGUUGUUAGCUGCUAUAUAUCGAGACGAGAACAUUGAUAGUCUGUUGUUAGCUGUUAUAUAUCGAGACGACAACAUAGAUAGUCUGUUGAAAGCUGGUAUGUAUCGAGACGAGAACAUAGAUUGUCUGUUGUUAGCUGGUAUGUAUCGAUACGAGAACAUAGAUAGUCUGUUUUUAGCUGACGAGAACAUAGAUUGUCUGUUGUUAGCUGCUAUUUAUCGAGACGAGAACAUAGAUAGUCUGUUGUUAACUGCUAUAUAUCGAGACGAGAACAUAGAUUGUCUGUUUUUAGAUGCUAUUUAUCGAGACGAGAACAUUGAUAGUCUGUUGUUAGCUGUUAUGUAUCGAGACGAGAACAUAGAUAGUCUGUUGUUAGCUGGUAUGUAUCGAUACGAGAACAUAGAUAGCCUGUUGUUAGCUGCUAUAUAUCGAGACGAGAACAUUGAUAGACUGUUGUUAGCUGUUAUAUAUCGAGACGACAACAUAGAUAGUCUGUUGUAA